AAAUUGAAUAAAAAAUGGGCCGUCUUACCCCAACCUACUAUAUUAGUAUUCCGCGAAAGUACUUUAAAGGUUAUUAAGUCAACGCUUGUACUUGUGUAUAUAGUAACCGCAUAACAAACUGAACGUAACUUUAAUAAGUUAUACUGUAUAUGAACGUUGGACUUAUAUAGGAAACUGGAUACCAUUUAGGCGAUAUAUAUAUAUAUAUCUAAUACAAUUGGUUGGACUUGAAUUUUGUAUGAUACAUGCUCGUGGCACCAGACCAUUAUAAUAUAUGAACGUUGUGCUUAUUGGAUAUUAAGCGAAAGCUACUCAUGGAGGGAAACGCGAGCUGCAAACCGAAUUACGAAUGGUGUUCGACAGAGCAAGUCAAAUCAGUUCUUGGUUCGCUUACUUUUAAAAGCAAAGAUAAUGCUUGCUUGGAAAAUACGCCGGAGUUGGCUAUGUCGUCGAUUUUAAGAACAGCGAACGGAGAUAGGUUCGUACUUUUCGUCAGUAACUUUGCAGAGAACGAAAUCGAGGUAUGGGAAAUAACGAGGACUACAAAACUGAUCGCGAAAUUCGCUGGGAGAAUUUUGGUGCCCGGUUCUAGUGCUUGGUCGAAAAUGUCGUGCGACUGCGCGGCUCGUGAUGUCUUCAAUUUACCCGGUGACGUCACGUACUUUUUUCUUUUCGUGACGUGUCCUGACCUUGGUAGCGUACGUUAUAUUAGACUUGAAUGCGACUUGUCUUGGUUAAAAAAAUUCUCAAGUAUUUCUAUGACCAACGAGUUCAAACACCCUGGACUACAUACUCCAUCGUCUGUGACGUCAUACAGAGGCUGUGACGUCACAGUCGCCAUUAUCUGCGGAUCUUCGGGAAUAAUUUUCUACUUCAAGUUUUUUAAAAGCGGUGAAGAGAGUAAUUCUGUCACGGAAUUAAAAAAGUUUGCCAGGAAACGUCACCCUACCUUAUGCGCGAUGGCGAUCGAUGAUCGCGGGUACACCUACGUCACCAGCGCUCAAAGUGAUGACGUCACUGAAAUAAAUCCGACGCAGCUUGACGAAAAAGUUUUCAAAUUCGCCGAAGGUAUUCACGGAAUAUCAAUAAAGCAAACAAAGACCGAAGCCACCUUGUUAGGAACUGUUACAAAACUAAACCGCUUGGUGGCGCUAAGUGGCCACAAGAAUGACGUCAUCAGCACGCCUGCGUUUGGUUUAAAAAACCCGCGAAGUAUUUUAUCGGUUUCGGAUUUAGUUAUUUUAGCAGGGCGAAGUACGGGCACAAAUAGCGCAAAGGUUUUGUUUUUUACUUUGUGAAUAAUAGCUAUUACAGAUAUUAUUUGUUGCUUUUAUUUUAAAUGCACUUUACACUAUGGAAUACAAGUCUGAAUAAAAGAAUUUAUGUAUUCUAUAACGGCAUGUGUUAGUUUUAAUCAUUGGGUUAUAGCAUGGAAUAUUUUA